UUUCCGCCAUAUGGAUCCAAUCAGGUCGUUCGUGUUCCUUGACCUUGAGGCGACGUCGUGCGAGGUGUCGGCCCGUCCAAAGAUCACGGAGCUUUGCCUGGUGGCCUUACACCGCUCGGCCGUCCUGAACCCUGACACCCGCCUCCCGCGCGUCACGGACAAGCUCCUGCUGGCCGUAUACCCCAACAAACCCAUCCCCGGCCCCGUCUGCGAACUCACCGGCCUCAACAACGAGAACUUGACCGAGAACGAGAGGGCCGUGCUGGACGCGAACUUUGUGGCGGCCUUGAGCGGCUUCUUGCAGCGGCAGCCUCCACCGGUCGGUCUGGUGGCGCACAACGGAGCCAAGUUCGACUUCCCCUUGCUGAAGACCGAGCUGAUGAAACUCAACACGAGACUUCCCGAAGGAGUCCGCUUCUGUGACUCACUCUUGGCCUUCAGGGAAGCGGACAGGGACUGUUCGACUGGAGACGCGCCGUCCGAACGGGUCUCCCUCAGCCUGGAGAGUCUGUACCAUCGGUACGUUAGCCGGGACCCCAGGCGCGCGCACACCGCCGAGGACGACACGCUGGCCCUGGUGGGCGUGAUAAAGGCCCGGGCUGCUACUCUGGUUCCCUGGAUGGACAGGAAUUUCCUAUCGUGGGAUGACAUCCAGCAGAUGUACACACCGAGCCCCGUCAAGCCAGGGAGGAUCAACAACAGAGAAAGGACGAGAAGUCCUACUAAAUUGUGCUUCACGCUUUGCCUGGUGGCCUUACACCGCUCGGCCGUCCUGAACCCUGACACCCGCCUCCCGCGCGUCACGGACAAGCUCCUGCUGGCCGUGUACCCCAACAAACCCAUCCCCGGCCCCGUCUGCGAACUCACCGGCCUCAACAACGAGAACCUGACGGAGAACGAGAGGGCCGUGCUGGACGUGAACUUUGUGGCGGCCUUGUGCGGCUUCCUGCAGCGGCAGCCUCCACCAGUCGGUCUGGUGGCGCACAACGGAGCCAAGUUCGACUUCCCCUUGCUGAAGACCGAGCUAAUGAAACUCAACACGAGACUUCCCGAAGGAGUCCGCUUCUGUGACUCACUCUUGGCCUUCAGGGAAGCGGACAGGGACUGUUCGACUGGAGACGCGCCGUCCGAACGGGUCUCCCUCAGCCUGGAGAGUCUGUACCAUCGGUACGUUAGCCGGGACCCCAGGCGCGCGCACACCGCCGAGGACGACGCGCUGGCCCUGGUGGGCGUGAUCAAGGCAAGGGCUGCUACUCUGGUUCCCUGGAUGGACAGGAAUUUCCUAUCGUGGGAUGACAUCCAGCAGAUGUACACACCGAGCCCCGUCAAGCCAGGGAGGAUCAACAACAGAGAAAGGACGAGAAGUCCUACUAAAUUGUGCUUCACGUAAGACUACUGAACAUCACAUAUUUGGGUAGCAAAUGAAAUGGUAACUGUCUGGCGAAUGGAUACAGCCUGGCCACUUUCUGUAUUUUGCGGCCACUGAAACAUCUGCUUGGAGAUUACAUAUAUAUGUUAGGUAGCUGUGGUGCGGGGAAAGGGUGAAUCCACUGUGGGAUGCAUCAACCCUCGGGUGAAAAACUGGCAGUUAGAAACUCAAGUUGUUGCUGAACUUAUAUACAUGUACUUAACGUUAUAUAUUUUUACGAUAAAUAUUUUUACGAAAAAUAUUUUGAAGUCAAUUGGAAGAACAUGCUUCCCUCUACUUUUACCAACUGUGUGGAAAUACUGUAACGGAUUACGUAAGUCGGUAUUGCGGCAGCCAACAGGUAUGGUUAUCUAGUAACAACGAAGGUUGAAAUGUAGAUUCAUAUUAUUUUAUAAAAAGGUUUGACAUCAAUAAUGAGUGUAUGUAGAUGUAAUGUUAGUGAUAUUAACUAUAAUUACAAUGUAACUUGUUAUCAGUGGUAAAGAAAUAAUUUCUGAUCU